AUGCAUGGAGCCAUGGGCGGAGCGAUUCGUAUGCCGAACAGAUCAUUCAAAUCGAGUCUGGCGUCGCUCUCAGGCAGUUCGAAGACGCGGACCAAGCCUCCCCCGCUGCUUGGAAUAAGUUGA